AUGCUCAACACAGAAGACCUUGCAAUGCUCUACUGCGACACAUGUGCAAACUGGCUACAUACCGUUUGUUGUGGAUUCCUCAGCAACACAGACAAGCGCAUUCCAAACGGGAAAUACACCUGUCUCAUCUGCUCAAAUCACAUCACAAAAGUCGAAUGUUGCAAUGCAUUGUUUAGACGUGUCAUCUCAGUCAUAUACAAUGAAAACUUUCUGGGCAGGUCAUGGCUUUGUAAUAGGCUCCAGAUAAAUUCCUCAAGAGCAUACAAGCAAAUCCAGAAAAUGAUCAAUCAGGGCCUUCUCAUCGCCACUAAAACACCCAAAGGCACCGUUCAAUACCAGGUUGUCACCACACAUACUGCAAAAAACACAAUCAAAAAACACUUCUCAAUCUCCGCCUACCCAGACACACAAAAACACUCAAAUAGCUAA